UCACAAUGGUGCAUUGUCACGUGACUUGUUACAUGCUAAUCAUCAUGUUCAGAAUGGCCGCAACGGAAUACAGCCCCGUGCUAAGUUGGGAUGUAUGUUCUCCGAGCCGUAUUGUUGUGACCUUGACCGGAGGUAUAGAUGGAGGGAUCAUCUAUAUUAGAGGGUAUGGAUCCGCCUGUAAACAAGACACACUGUCUGUAGAGACAAGACACGAGUUCGCGUUUGAUGCCUGCGGUAUCGAGAAGGCGGAAACAUAUUUUACAAUAAUAGUACAGAAAAAUCCUCUUUAUCAGACCGGAAGUGAUCUUCAAGAAUCGCUCCUCUGUAUUUACGAUCUCAGUGACAUAUCUGUAGGAAAUGGACUAAAUGUCGGAAAUAAGAAUGAUGACGCAGGAGUAAAUAAAACUGUGAAACCUACUGCAACGAUGAAAUUAUACAAAGAUGGCGUCGAUAUAGGCGGAAGUGACGUAAAACUCACAGACCUUGUUACCAUGACAAUACAGGUGGAUGAUGAAUUCAUAGAGGACUUUGAUAUCAAAGCAAAAUCAUGCCGAGCAAAUUUUAUUGACAUCACAAAAGAUUUCUGUGCUGCUGAUACUGACCUAUUUCCGAAUUUUGUUCACGUGACACAAGGCGUCGUGACGUCAACGUUCGGCGCGUUCCGUACAACAGAUCUCGGCAGUGGCAGCGUUGAGAUGGUUUUCACGUGCACAGUACAAGUGUGCCGUGGACUUUGUGUAGAGGAAGUUUGUGGAGACGAAACAGGAUGGGGUCGAAGAAAGAAACGCGAAGUUAAAGAGGACGUCGCGUUUGAAGAUCUGAAUGUCGGAACGUCAAUGUCGGUAGGGACGGACAUUGACCUAACACCAAUAGAUAAGGAUAAUGAUGACAGCGUAUGUAUAGCUCAUUUAGCAUUUAUCCUCGGUCUUAUAGUGAUUUUACUGGUUCUUGUGUCAUCAUUAAGCCUUGCCGUAAUUGCCACCGGAAAAUUGUUGAAGAGGACCGAGCAGUUACGGAAAUUGUCAAAUAUCCACGAAGUCGACGGGAAAGAAGAUAACUUGAAACUAGGAAUGGAAAGGGCGACAACUCUCCCAAACACAGAACCGCCAAAAGUGGGAAUUUCACAGCGCGCAGUCAGCAAUACUGGAAAUACACUUUCAAAUAAAAGAUCUGAUGUCAAGAAAUCUCAAGUUGAUGUGGAUAAAUUAAGAGAUGAGAAAACUAAUUCUAAUGAGACGUCUGAAGCUACUAGUAAUAAGGCUGAGAGAAAUUUAAAAGCAUCCAGUAAGGUCUCACACAAUGAACUUUUAACGUGGACAGACCUGGCACAUCUGAAGAAAUGUCGAAAUGUUUUAAAAAUCAUGGAACUUAAUAAUUGUAAAAAUGUACUAACUAAACAACAGUCAAUGCAGUAG